AUGUGCAGUCGAUCCUCGAGUAGUUAGGCAAAACUAAACAGCGCUCUUGCCUGCACUUGUGCUGUACAGUCUUGUUUGAUCGCGCAUCAACACGCUGCGCCGAGUCUUGGCCCGCUUCUCACUGCUAAUCUCCUAGUCGCAUACGUUUCAGGUAACACGGCCAUGCAGCUCGUCGGCCUUCUGGUGCUCCUUGCGCCUGCCGUAUUCGGCGCCAUCUGCCCUCAGGAGAAGCACACAGUCUGUUGUUUUUUUUUCUUUCCAUUUGUUGUACUUUCUUCUGACGAAAACUUUUAAGUGAGAGUAAAAACCUUUUUUAAAACCCUCGAGACUAUUUUGGACAUUGAUAAUUUUUCAGAGCUUGAAAAACCCCAGGGCGUUUCAUUCCCGAUAAAAUCGAAAAUUCCACAUAAUCACUUUGAAUAAAAAAAAGUAUGCUACUGAACUGAAAAAAAGGCAGUGAAUAAACUAUAAUUAUUAUAACUGACUAGGAAAAAUUAUGAUUUGAAAUUUCUGAAAACUCAAUUCAAUUCAGUUUAUUCAGUCUUUAGAGUAAGAUGAAGAAAAUCUCUGCUGAAUCAUGGUAUAAUCGAAGAGUUAGUCGUCGGCGCGGGUUACGGUCCACAAUCGUUGUCCAAUAAGUCGCGGCGUGACAGCUAGCGUGACAGCUAUUAUUAUCUCAUUUGAAAACUAAUUUUUUCUAAUCAAUUCUCUCAAAGUUUGUCAAGAACUAUUAGUUCCUUUUUUCAUGAAUAUAUUUUUUAAAUGCUGAUAAACUUCUCAAAAAGUUUUGUCAGAAAAGGUUCCAUCAUUGGCUCAUCUUAUUUUCAACCAAUAGCCGGGAUUUCUCAAACUUUGAGCCACGAAAACUUCGAAAACUUGAACUAAAAAGAAAGUUUCUAUAUUGAAUUUUCCGAAAAUGUACACGCCAAAUACGGUUAUUGAUGCAGCUAUAAUCUAAUUUUGAAACAUGUGUUAUAGCGAUUAAAUCAGUAAUCUUAUUAAUGUUUCCGUAAUUUACGAGGCUACUGUACAGUUUUUCCCAACUUUUUGUAUCACAAAAUCAUCUGUCAUGAAAGUUUUUCUAUUUUGAGAAGAAUUUCGUUUCAAGGUGUGUAACGAUGACAGCGACUUCGCUUGUACUUGUGCUGCAGCUCAAGCCGAGGUUCGUUUUUUUGUAUCUCAAAAAUUAUGUUUUUUAAAAAGUUUUUUUGAAACAAUCCUCUUUAAUCUGUAAGUAAAAUAAGAGAGCGGUUUGGAAAUUGCAUCAAGUUGAUGACAGUGGUUGCAUCAGAUUUUUUUGAAUAAAAGAAAAAAAAUUAACGAUAUGAACUUUGUUCUAACUGAAAUUCAUAUUUUUGCGAAAAUCUUGGAAAUUCUAAAUCUCAAAGCCUUCAUCAUCAAUAAUAUUUGAAAAAAAUCAUAAUUUUUUUGCUCAGCUUUACUGUUUCCAAAAAUUAGGCGCUGAGGUCUAAGUACUUGAAUCGAUAUCUUUUGAAAAAAAUUAGAACAAACAUUUUUUUGAGGAGUCUCCUGUUCCACAAGUUUCAUGCAGUAAUUUUGUGGCUCGAGACCUUCAAAGCGGCAACUUCCCCGUCGUUUCCGUGCAGUUCACCCUCGACGACUCGGUCGAAGGACUUGACGAAUGGCCAGAAGAGGCUUUCCGCGACGCCAUUUCCUCUUCUCUCCGCAUUGAAGAGGUUCUUUUUUUCUGUAAGCUCAGAAUCCGAAGAUUCCACCUUCCACAGAACGACGUCAUAAUUCUUCGCGCUAGUUGCAUGGGCACCGAUGAUACCCUCACUGUUCAGUUCGGCAUUUUGAAAAAGGUGGAUUGUUUUUGAAAAUCGGAACUUUUUUGGAAGAAAUUUAAAAGAAGAUUCUCAAGAGGAACAGGAAAGUCUCUCUAGUAUCGAUCAUUCCAGGAAACUAACACUUCAAACAUCCCUUUCCAAGAAGAAGAUUUCAUCGACGCCGAGUCGAUUGCUACCCGAAUGAAGGCUAUGGGACAUCUCUCUCAGAUCGCCGACCUUGACGUUGACAACAUUGAAUAUGUGGGUCCUUUUCUUUGAUUUUUGAGCCAAGUUUCACUCAUUUCAAAUAGAUGAAAUGAGCAUUUCUGGGUGGAGAAUCCCUUAAAUCCUCAUUCUUAUCGAAAAAGCGUUGAUUUUGUGCUGUGAGAAGGCAAUUCGGAAAUCACAGUAAGUAUUUUAGGGACAAAUACUCUUUUCAGGUUUUCUUUCAAAUUCAAUCAAAAAGAGUAUGAAGAAAUUUGUGGCUUUCUACUCUGAUAGCAUAGCGCGUGAGUCUUUUCCAAUCUAGUGAGCUGUAAGUGAAUACCAACAGUCCGUUCUUUUAUUGCAAUUGUGGCGUUUUUCCAAUUAAACUAGAGAGCAAUAGCUUUCAAACAAAUAAUAUUGAAAAAAACUAGUCUUCUGCGAUUUUAAACAUAAAAAAGCCUAUAAACCAUGACUCAUCUGAUUCGGGUUCGGUAAACUGAUUACCACUUGCUAUGUCGAAUGCAAUUGCCGUCAAGAAACACGUCAGUGUCUACAAAGCGGCCGGUUUGAGUUUUCGUGAUAGAAGGACAAAGGAUGUAAGCUCAGUAGGAAUCGUUUCCUCAGUUGGCCGAACGUCUUCUCUGACGUCAUGGACGAACAUGUUUGCGCGCACGUGGUUUGGACUAGGAGGAAAGCCGAAAAAUGAAGACUCCAACAAGUUUCCCAUGAACAACAAGCUAUGCUUUCCAAUGACAAGAACUGAUGUUUGAUUUUGCGUUCCGACUAUGUACAGGAAAGAAACUCGAUAUUCUUUAAUGAAAUAAUUUGUUAAUAAUAUAUCAGUAGUAUGCGAGGGCUCUUACAAAAAAGUUCUCUCAUUUCAAAGUUGGAGUUUUUGUGAUGAAGUCGCUUGAAAUCGUCUUGAAUUGCUAAAUUGCAACUUUUCGUUAUCAUCUCCCACGCAUUCAUCCGAUCCUAGCUCAAAAAUAAUCAAUUUAAACAGCAUUUCUGAUGGUUUUGAAUAUUUUUUACGUGUUUGUCCCAAUAUUGAAAUUUUUUUGACUUUAGUAAAUAAACUACGAAAUUUUACGAAAGCACGAACUAGAAGUUUUUACUAAUGAAAGUUUAGGAAGUUCUACAUACAGAUUUCUUCUUCCCCUACGUUCAGUUGAUUAGUUCUGUGAUCUCUUAAAAACUUCAUUCCUAGUAAUAGGAACAAAGGUGCAAAAAACCGUUCGGCGGCCCCUUAAAGCUCUGAGCAAGGGAACUAACUGGACCAAAUUUUUUUUUGCUUCGCUCUUGAUCUUUUAAACGUGUGACUCCUGUUCACAUAGAAAACUCGAAUUGUCACGCGGGUUAAAAGUCGAAACAGUUGUCCAACCUAAAAAAAAAGUGUCCGACACAAUGACUUACUUUCAAGUGGUAAACCACGCGUUUUAGAAAAAAAAAAUGACUGGAAUUCACAGCCGGUUUUCGUUAAGUUCCGAGCCAAUCUUUGGUCUUUACUGUAAUCAUAGUUGCGAGGCCUCAACUAAAACCGUUUUCGAUCGCGAAGAAGGUGGAAGUAAAUAAGAAGAAAAGUUAACUCUUAGAUAUCGGUUUUUUCGAUUGGUCGUCAUUCAUAAGGCAACCGAACAAUGGAAUGCAACUGGCCACUCAAAGAGGAAGCAUUUGGUCUUGAACCAGUUUUUCGUUCCUUUUUUGUUACUACUUAUCCCAACCGUUUUCUUCUCUGUUUUUCGAUGCGAUACUGUGUUUGCAAGUUCCAAAAAUCAUUUAGCAGAGUGUAAAAACGAGUCGUUAUUUUCUCAUUCAAAUUUUUCAACUAUUGCAACGGAAAAUUUCUGAAAAAUAGUUGGUCAAGGAAAUUUUUGAUGAUCCCUCCAACUGAGAAAGUGACUCUUUUUUCGUAGUUCUCAGAAUAACCUAGCGAAGAGACCACGUGGAGGUGCAGGAGUAGCAGCAAAACGUUAAGAUCCGCCACGUUGUUGACCGAAAAACAAAAAAAGGGCAUGUCUGUAAGAAUGGAUUUUGAAAUUUUUUUGCUUACGGAAAAACUAUGAUGAACAGUUAGAAAGAAUUGGCCUACAAAUACAUUUUCACUCAAAUCGAGAACAGAGCGUUUUUGCAUUUUUCACCAGUAGAACAAUUCGCAAUUCGGCUUUUUAAACAAACGAUCCUGUAAACUCAACCUUCUAUCUUGCCUUUCCUCGUGGCAAAAUUCUAUUGCAUCUAAAAGGUUUGUAGAUGUCUUCUAUUUUGAUUUUGCUAAGGCAUUCGAUAAAGUUAACCAUUCCUUGCUCCUUCUUAAGCUUCGAAGUUUUGGUCUUGAUAAAACCGUUAUUUGAUGGUAUGAAAACUUUCUGUCUGAUCGUUGCUCUACUGUGCUCAUUGAUGGUUCUCGAUCUACUUUUUAUUAUGCUAAUACGUCUGGUGUCCUCCAAGGUACUGUAUCUGGGCCUUUGCUUUUCUUGAUAUUUAUCAACGACAUUGUUACCUUGAUCGACCCUGAAACCUCCAUCUCACUAUUUGCGGAUGACAUUAAAAUUUACGGUUCUAACCCAGAAUCUCUCCAACAUAGUAUAAACUCUAUUUUUGAAUGGUCAUCUACCUGGGGCUUGCCCCUUGCCGCUAACAAAACAUUUGCUAUUCUCCUGGACCCUCGCAAUCCUAAAACUAUUUAUUUGAUUAAUGGAGUUCCCGUCCCUCAUAAAUCUGUUGUACGUGAUCUUGGUGUACUAAUCGAUGAGAAACUCACUCUUGUUCCGCACAUUAAUAAUAUUGUAUCUCUUGCAACGCUGAGAUCCAACCAAAUUCUGCAUUGUUUUCGUACAAAAUCUCCGGCUCUUCUGCUUCAAAUUUUCAACACCUACGUCAGACUUUUAUUGGAAUAUUGUUCUGAAGUUUUUAACCCACCUAUUAACUCUGACCUUUGCUACAAGCUUGAAUCCCCACUCAGAACUUUUUCCCGUAAAGUUUACACUAGGUCGAAACUAUCUUUUGAUUCCUAUUCAAAUCGUCUAGAGCAAUUUCAACAAACCCCACUUUACAUUAGACGAGUUAUUUCUGAUCUCCUCACUCUCCAAAAAACUGUUUCUGGUCACGAUCACUUUCCUCAAUUCGAAAAUUUUGCCCUCAGAUCCAAUUUGAGGCGAAAUCCACUUCGGCUACGUUUUCAAGGUCAGUUUUCUAACAACUUUUUCUUUAAAACUAUUCCUAUUUGGAAUAAACUUAGAUCCAAAUAUCAGUUCACCCUUCCACCUAAGUCUUUGAAAAAAUUAUUGGUCGUUUUACCUCGCAACAAAUUUUUUACCUCUAUUCCACCAAGACUUAACUGAUCUCAUUUUUUUUUCUUCAACUUUUCUUUUCCUUGGUGAACUUGUGAACUCGUUGGGGUUCACACUAAUCUGUGAAUAAAUUAUUAUUAUUAUUAAAAAAACAAAAAAAUCCGCUCGCUACUUCAUAAUUUUUUUCACGGCCUUGCUGUGUUUUGGCUGCAGAAAAUAGAGUUUUUAUCCGGGACAUCCCUGUAGCGUGAGGCUUUCUUUGCGCGCGGUCUUGGGAACUCAGUUUUCAUGAGAAAAUUAUUAAGGAUAUCAUUCUGUACUAAGCGCACUUUUUCUAAAUCUUCAUUACUAGUAUUAGAGGCAAGCUGUCUCUGACGCUAGUGCACAAAUUCAAUCACAAAGUUCAGUCUUUUGUUCAGCGCGUGGUAGCUAUUUCUGGUUUUUUUUUUGGUUGCACGUGACCGUAAUGCUUAACGGCAGCAGAGUGUGACCAAAAGGAGCAAAUAGCAAAAAAGCGUAGAGUGACGUGGUCUUGAGCGUUUCCUUAAGCACGGUUAUCAACGGGACAAAAGACUGCGCAGGAGUAUUUCCCAACUAUUUCACUGAUAACUUGCGUACUGAUAUCAGAAGAAGAAAUUUCAGACCCACGUGAUAGUUUUUCAAAUCCAACAUUUACCGUUGUAGUGACUUUAUCAAUAAAGUGUGAGAAAGAUAAUAAACUGAUAUUUCACACUUCAGCUGGAAAAAGAUCUUCAUUUGUCCAGAAAUGUUUGUUAACUUGUUCAAAAAAAAAAAAUGAAGAAAGGAGAAGAAGUUCAUAAAAACGCUACUCAUCCAUUUUUGAGAUCUGCAUCUCUUUGAAGAACUGUUUAUCGCGUAUCGGGAGUAGUAAGACAUAAAUUCCAAAUCUCCAUUUUAGGGUUUACUAGGGAAAAACUGCCGCUGAGAAAGCAGUGAAGUCGAUUCCCCAAUUUCAAAUCGAAAAAUUUUUUUUGCAGCUAAAUGUAAAAAUGGAAAACUUAAUUUCAGACGGAAGACCUUCUGCCUGUGGAGUAUGAGCCGGACAACUCGGAACUCGUCUUCAAAGCCGUCGGACUUGCCGUUACCUUUGGAAUUUUCUUCAUUAUGGGACUGAUUGCGACGUGCCGCCAAAAGAACGAAGACGAUUAUACUGACGACCUUCAAAAAGCAUGA